GUGGCCGAGAGUGGUUCAGUCAGUCGUUGCCGCUCGCUCCGCGCGCUAAGCUGCUUGAAGGUCUGUCGCAAGCGCGCUGGAAUAUGACCAGUAUACUGCCCAGUCCGCCGUCCAGCGACGACCACCUGACCACGGCGGGGUUCUUCAGUCACGUGCCGGCUUGGACUACCACAACCAUGCUGCCCGGACUUUGUCGGAGCCGCGACUUCGGCUGCCGGCCCUGCACACCGGAGACGCCAGACGACUCGUCUAGCCGGGACUCGGACUCCGGCUGCUCGCCGAACCACGGUCUCAAGGACGACAGUUGCUUACAGGAUGCGUGCGCGACGGUGACGUCAUCGUCAUCGUCACCCAAAUCGGCAUACAAGCACGUGCCGCACCGAGAGAAGCCUCCGCACCUUGUGGCCCGGAGGAAUGCCAGAGAGCGACGCAGGGUGCAGGCAGUGAACAACGCCUUCUGCAGGCUACGGAAGUGCGUGCCCGUCGAGAACAGGGCCAAGAGACUGUCAAAGGUCAAAACUCUUCACAGGGCCAUCGAAUACAUCGAGGCACUUCAGCGUCUUCUGACAGAGGCGGACAAGGCUGUUACGUCAUCUACCGCCCCCGAAGAGGUCUGCGCACCAAGCGCCAUCUACCAGGAAACGCCGGCGCCAGUCUGCGAUAAGGAGAACGAUGCUAGUCAACGGUGGAUCACUUUGGAAAAUGCAUCCGUGUGUGGAGCGGAGAGCUAUCCCGGUUACCUCAACUUCUACGAAGAAUGUGGCAUUGCGUUUGCCAGUUGACUUCCUUGAAGCAGUUUGUGAAAUGCGAUUGACAUAUACCUUCACAUACUCCUGUACACUGUGUGCCUUGCUGACGGGCACCUGAUGUCGUCGUUCACGUCGAAGACACGUGACACAUUCCGGAAACUAUCGACAUAUAUACCUCAGCAACUCCGGUAGAUAACAAGACUUAAGACGCCAGGGAUGACAUGCAUGCAUUAUUGUACCGUGAUUCAUUCCCAUUAAUUGUGACGUGAUGCACUCUCAGGACGCGUGAUAUCGUUCUUGCCGAGCAGUUGUGACAUUGAUAUUGUUCGUGCCGAGCAGUUUUGACAAUCAUGGAUAUGCAUGACAUUCAUAACUCACGAAUAUCAUCCGCGGUUGCUCCAGACGUACGUCUGCAACUCUUGUACAUAGCUUGACUUGCUGACAUGUUCGUGAAAGCAUUAUUCAUUCCUAACAGCUGUGGUAUGAUUGAUUCCACGACAUGUGACAUGAUCCAUUCCUGAGACCCGUGUGCCAUUGUUCAUGACACCCGAAUGUGAGAACAUCCAAGCUUAGUGGAUGUAAAACCGUUCAUGGCAAAAUUGUUAUGCUUUACCCUGCAAUAAAACGACGUUACACAGAAAUAUAACGCAUGGUGACGUAACAAGACUGAAAAUAGCGUGAUCCGAGAGGAUCAUUCAUGCAGAACUGUGGCAUUUGCUUUGGACAUCUUAACAAUUUGAACAGUAUUAUGACUGGUCACACGUUUGUCUUGCCCAUACGUUUUGUUCUUUCCCUUCUUUGUUGCAAAGCCUUUAGUACUCAUUUUUCUUGUUUCUUUGCGUAUGUACCUAAGUCAUGCUUACGCACGCACAGUGGUAACCUACCGAAAUGUGAAGAAGAACUGUGCUAUACGUAAGCCAUCAGGGAUUGUGUCACCAAGGAACUCUUAAGGCCACCUUGUCGAUGGGCAUUUGACGUUGGAAGUCUGAUUUGUUUUUUGUUAGUUUUUUCGUUGAUUUUGUGUUUUCUCGGAGAAGAUGCUUGUGAAUAUACUCAAGAAUGUUCCUCUUGAAGUGGCAUUGCAGAGUUGUCCUAGUCCUCUCUUUUUUUCCAUUGUUACUUUCUACAUAAGUUUUUUUUUCCAGUUGUAAAUACGUGCUUUCCUUU